AUGCAUAGAAGGAAUCCCGCAAAUGAUACAGUAAAUAGAGGAAAUAGGAUCGCACAAAGAGGGCAGAGAAUCACAAGGAGUACAAGAACGCAAAUAAUAAGACCGAAGCCACCACCGCCAAUAACAUAUAAAGAUGGGCCGAGCAUAAUAAACCAGUUGGGGCACAAUGUAAUAAAACCGGCGCCUCCUCCAGUUCACUACGGAGCAGGACCGAACCUGCAGCACCUAACACACAGAAUCGUUAAAGCGAGAACACACCCAGCAAAUGUGCCAAUGCCAGGAGCACCACCGCCUCCAUAUAAGAGUAAAAGAGACGGGACGUUGGGGAAAAAGGCGGAAAUGCCAAUGAGAAGUGUGCCGGUUCAUAUAAACACACAAAUGAGUCCACAAUUCAGAAAUUAUAUGAACCCAUCGCAGCAAAUAGCAGGAAAGAUAAAUGAAAUGGGAGGCUUUGUGACGAGUUUCAGCAGCCAGAACGCGGGAGAAGCGAUAGGACUGAUGUUUAGGCCGAAGGAGCCGCCGAGUCCAAUGGUGGCGCCAGCACAAAUUAUCUACGAAAAAAUGAUGCCGUUUAAAAGUGGAGAAAACCUAGUGCCGUUUCCCAAAGCAGGGCCGCCAUCUCCGCUGCCGAAAAGGAAGCCAGACCACAGUAAGCUGCAAGCGAAGCAUCUGGCAAUCAGGCAGACAGUGCAGUUUAAACAGAGGUUGGAAAGACUUAAUUGCGCGCUCGACCAGGUGAACAAGGUGUGCGACAGAGUAAAGUUCGCAGUGGCGAGUAUAUUCAGAGUGAGAGUGGGCUACAGGCUGGAGGAGUUUGAACAGUACUACCUGCACAACGUGGAAAGAGUGUACAGAUACCUGCUGUUCCUGUUCGUGCUUAACGGGUACAAGGAGUCGCUGUCGUUUGGCACGAGUGGACAGAGCAAGGAGGACUUGUCGUGGGAAACAGGGAAGUUUCUGAAGUUUAUCAACGAGGAAAAGGACGUGGCGCUGCUGCCGAAGACGAUAUUGACCACAGGGACCAUGAACACGAAUCCGAGUGCAAAUUCAGGAGCAAAUAGAGGCGCUAAUGAAGCGGGGAAGAACAGAGAGGGGAGCACUGGCAUGAACAAUGAGACGUCAAUAGACAACUACAAGGCGAUCAGUUGGGACAGUGAGCCAGCAGUAACGUACACAUUCAACAAUCCGCCGCCGACGGUCGGCAGUAAGAACAAAGACGACAUGGUGGUGCUGAUAAGAACAGUGAACCUGAACGCAAUAACGAGCAACAUGCCGACGCUGAAGUACCUGAGCUACAUGUACAGGAACACGAACGAGGCGCUGCUUAACAUGCUAGGACACUACGCGCUGAUAUGUACGGACGAGGACUACAUCAUAAUCAUAUCCUCGAUCCUGCCGAGCCUGGAGAGGCAGCAGCUGAGGACCUUCUACGAGAGCCUGGCGAUGCUGCUGGACGGCUCGCGCUGCAGCCUCCAGCUCUACUACCUCGAGAGGUUCAUAGAGCGCUUCAUACCGAUAUGCUUCAGCCAGGAAAGGAGCUGCUGGAGGCCGCUGGUGAACAGCAUAGCGACGGGAGUCAACCCGCUGAAGCUGAGCAGCAAGAAGUACAUGAACUGCGUCAUCUCGCUGGUGAGGACAGUCAAGAGCUUCUGCGACAAGUUCGUGGAGUGCAGAAGAACGACCUUUAGCGUGUUCCUGAUGUCGCUGAAGCUGCUCCUGCAGUCGUCGGACGACUCUAGAAUACUGGUCAGAGGAGAGUCUACGGACCUCUUGAUACAAAUAUGGCUCAACCCGAGGGGCAAGGAGAUAAUAAUCAGCUGCAUGAACUACGAUCUGAUAAAGAUAUUAGGGCUGCUGUCAGGAGUGCAGUCGAUCAAGCUGAACAUAUGGACGUAUUUGCUGUCGAGUGGCGCCGUGGCAAACGCGGGUGGAGCGGAAGGGAGUGAAAACGUGUUGAAUGUGUUGCUGAAAAACAGCAAGGGCGACAGCGCAGCACUCUUGAACCUGGUUAGCCACAAGGAGUGCACAUACAUAUUCAACCUGCUGCUGUACCUGGAAAAAAAUAACAACGAAAUGGCGUUGAAAAGGAGAAUAGGACUGUACUGGUACCUGAUGAAGUACCUGAGAGUGAGCAAGAGCCUGCUCCAAUACGAAAAAAUGUCACUGGUAGUGAGGCUGUCGUAUAAGCUGCUGAAGCACUACCUGUACCACAAGAGCGGUGGCAACGGUAGUGGCGGCAGUCGCCUGUUGGAACUGUACAAAGCAUUCGUGAAAGGCCUGGAUAAGACAACGAGCCUAGGAGUGUUGUUUGAAUACCUGCUGCUGCUGUUGAUAAACAACAUUAACUCGUCAGUAUCUUGUCUGGAGCUGGCAAACUUUAAGCUCUCAAUGGUCAUGGACAUGCUGAUGUUCGACUACUCGUUUAACUCAGGGCUGCUGAAUAGGAACACCAAGGAAAAGAACUACGUGGAAAUAGGGAGUAACAGGUACCUGAACCUGACAAAGCUGACCAGCAAAAAUUCAAUGCGGCUUCUGAGUAACCUGUACUCUAAAUUGGCACUGAACAACGAGAUGGGGACUUAUGGCGGCGACGAGGAAUAUAGAGCAGAUAAGAAGGCAGAGGCGGACGGAGAUUAUAACGACAGCGACUCUGGAUUUGCUCAAGAAGGGGAAAGCGUGUUGGACGCACUGCUGAACGUUAACCUGCUGAUGCACUUCAUAAACAGGAACGUGGACAUCCUGAGGAUGCUCAUGAACUACCUGGAAAACAUGGUCUACCACUACAACAGUGAGUUCACGUCGACGUUCUGCGUCAACGUGACCUCAGCCCUGACAAUUACGACAGUGCUGCACUACAUGGCGAAGAGAGAAGACGUGGAGGCGAGGCGCGGCGCCGGUCCCACGGACGCGGAGGUGAACACGCACAAGAUAAAGGAGCUGAAGGACUGCCUGAAGAAGUCGUACCUGCACAAGCUGCUGACGCUGUACAACGUAAGCAACCUGAGCGUCCAGCACAGGCUGAUCAGCCAGAAGUUCGGAGACGAGAAGCGCGUGUACGUGAAGUUCGGAGUGGCGCGAGAGGAGAACGAGAGCCUGACGAGGUUCAUGCUGACGCAGGCGUACGCUUUGGCGCUGGAGUUCCUGUACAACUACGCCUUCUACGAAGAAAGCGCGAGGAGCGGCGGCAGCGGAGCCUUCGGGCUGAGCAGCCUGGAAGGCGCGGAGUCGGCAAUCAGCGCCACGGAAAUGCUGCUCAAGUGCUUGACGGACCACAAGCUGCUCGAGUACAUAGAUCGCAUAGUCAACGAGGACUACGGACUGCCCAACUACUACCUGGGGCACCCUUCGUGCACACUGGACCAGGGAGGGAGUCAGUCGAGUGAGCCUGGGGGGAAGAGCGACGACAACGCAGGCGGCGCCUCGACCACUGACGUGGCGAACGUAACGUACAACUUCACGUUCAGCCACAUGAGCGCGGCGGUCGGCAGCUACGGCGGAGGGGCCGAGGAGCUGAACUGCAAGCUGGGCUCGGUGAUAGACACGCUGAUCAGCUCGAUGCUCUACAACGAGCUCCACGAAAACAACGACCUCGAGACGAGGGAGGCGAUCGAAAAGCACAUGCUGAAGCUGCUGAGUUCGGCCUACAACAACGGAGAAAACGGGAAAGUAGUAGCCUAUGAGCUGAUGUACUACGUAGCCAUGACGUCGCUGUUCAACGGCAUGCUCGGCUCUUCGACGCAGUUUGAGGUGGGAAGGAAGUUGACGAUAUCGAUGAGGAUAUUCAACAAGUUGAUGGCGCACCUGAGUAGGGUCAACGGCACGACGCCGCAAUCAGUGUUCAACGCCGCUAUGAGGACAGUUUUCAGGCUGAGGCUGAGGAGCAAGGGAGAGCAGGCCACAGCCACGAACAAUAUUGACAGCAGCGCGCACGGCGGUAACACCGUAGAGCGUGACGCGGCUGAAGCUAGGGACGACGCUCAAGAGGCGAUCGAGGAAACCGCAGAGGCGGCCAUAAUUAAGCUGGUCUUCGAGACCGUGAUGAGCGACGGCUUCCUCUGGAAGAGUUUUAAGAAGUACCCGGCCAUCCUGACCUGCUUCAUAAAGAUAUCCCCGAUCAGCGGCCUCCUCAAGUUCUUUUCGACCUUCCCCGAGCUGCACUUGACAUACUCAAUGUCGUACUACAACACGCUAAAAAGCGCCUCAAACAGUGGCUUAUUUGACCUCCUGGCCGACGCGAACUACUUUUUAGCAGUUUUGGGCAGAGAGGUGCUGGAGGCAAUAGGAACAAACAGUAUCUCGGGUAGUGAAAGUAGCAAAUUAACAGGAGUGGUUAACGUGGAGUGGUUCCGGUUCUACUUCAUGUACGUGCAGCUGCUCGUGAGAAUGUACGAGCUGAAGCACCUGGGAAGCGAAGCGGUUAACCUGGAGAGGAACUUCUAUCGCAAGUUCACGAUGCCUCUGGUCAAGUUUGAGCACCUGAGCGAGUUCGAGUACCUGUCCAAGGACGUGAUCCUGUACCUGCUCAACUUCAAGCAGAUUACCAACGACAACAACAUCGUCUGCUACAUCGGCUCGAGCGGCAGCAAGUCGCUGUUCGUCUACUACAUGAAGGGCUACAGCCUGUCGCACGCUCCGCCGGCCGAGUCGAGCUCCGAGGAGGAGCAGGCGGGAGACGAGCUGGGCAUGUUUCUGUUCCUGCUGACGAAGCUGAGCCUGGUCAACGACAUCAGGGUUCUCCAGGUGAUCGCGUUCUCAGUCUUCCCGAUCCUGGUCCACGCCGUUCCAAACAAGAGCGCGUUUGACGCGGUCUACGACGCGCUUCUGAACAUCAGGUCGAGGGCGAGUUCCUUCACGUUCGUCAAGUACAUGCUUCUCACCGUGAUAUUCAACUGGUACCACCGGUACUUCUUCACCUACAACUUCUUCAUCUACCAGUACAACAGCAGCAGGACCAUCGAGGCGAAGCUGGUCGAGAAGUACGUGGACAGGUACGUGAGCGGGGAGAACGUCGAGUUCAACUUCAACUUCACGUUCGUCAAAAUACCACUGCAGCACAUUCACCACCUGCAGUCGCUAUUUUAA